AAUUGUUUCAUUGAGAUGAGUUUGGGUCAACGCCGAUCAUCUUUUACAUAACUCUCUUUCCCAUUCCAAUAGGAUCGCUGCAGAAAGCAGUUAUCAUCAGCCUGAUUACUGUUGCCGGGAUCAUGAUCUCUAAAGUAUCUGGUUUUGCUCCUUGCAGAUGGAGAGCUAAGAUAACAGGAAACUGGUGCAUAAUUUCGAGGCUCCGUGGCUUGGUACACACAUCUGAUAGUUCGGCCAAACUUAUGCAAGCGAAAGCAUGGAAGGAGCAGUUGAAGCAAGAUGAUUCGCAGGAAUUGACCCUUUUCAGUUUUGAUAGUAUACUACUUGCCACAGACAAGUUCAGCACCACAAGUAAACUCGGGCAAGGAGGGUUUGGCUCUGUUUAUAAGGGGAAGCUGAAAGAUGGGAAAGAGGUAGCUGUGAAAAGACUUUCCAGUACCUCGGCCCAAGGCAUUGAAGAGUUCAAGAAUGAGAUCAUCCUUUUAUCGAAACUACAACAUCGAAAUCUUGUUAAACUCAUGGGCUACUGCAUUGAAGGAGAUGAAAAAUUUUGGUAUACGAGUACUUGUCGAACAAAAGCUUGACACCUUUCUUUUGAUUCAACGAAAAAGGUAGAACUCGACUGGGGCAAACGAUUUCAUAUAAUCCAGGGGAUUGCAAGGGGGCUUCUCUACCUCCAUCGAGAUUCUUGCCUUAGGGUCAUACAUCGAGACUUAAAAGUAAGUAAUAUUCUCUUAGAUGAAAAGAUGAACCCAAAAAUUGCUGAUUUUGGGUUGGCACGAAUGUUCGAGGGCACUCAAGUUUUGGUGAACACUCACAAAAUUGCUGGAACACUUGGCUAUAUGUCUCCCGAGUACGCCAUGGGCGGGAUAUUUUCCGAGAGGUCCGAUGUCUAUAGCUUUGGAGUGCUGCUACCGGAGAUUGUUAGCGGCAAAAAGAACACGGCCCCGUAUGACCAGGGACAACAUCUGAAUCUCCUUUCGUAUGCAUGGCAAUUAUGGAUUGAAGGCAAGGCAUUGGACCUAAUGGAUGGAGCAAUUGCUGUUAGCUCUCCAGUGGAGGUAACAAGAUGCAUCCAUGUUGGGCUUCUCUGUGUUCAGGAGCAUGCCGCAGAUAGACCAAACAUGUGGAAUGUGGUUCUGAUGUUAAAUGGCGAAACUGAUCUUCCUCAGCCAGGACAGCCUAUAUUCAUUUUCCAAGCUGAAAUGCUAAAACGUCAUAUUCCGUCACAGCAGGAAAGCAUCUGGUCUGUUAACACUGUCACUAAUACCAUGGUCGAAGGAAGAUGAUGGCUAUUUUUCAUCUUUAUUUUCUGGUGUUUGGAGAUGAUUUUGUUGUUAUUUUCUAAGAUAUUAGUGUUUAUUCAAUUCAAGGAUGGCUUUAGUUCGAUCCGAACAAAAGGUUGAAUGAACUGCUCCACUUCUUACAUGGAUUUUAGGCUGCAAAGUAGGGGCUUGGAAUAUACACUUUUUAGACAAAACAUAUUCGACGCAGGAAUUUGUUCUGAUUUACAACAGCCAGAACUGUUGGUAUUAUUAAGGAGAAGUACCAAGUAAUCCUCAUCGCUCUCA